AAGACGAAACCGAAAAUUACUAUGACAUGCUGUGUUCACAGAUUAUUUCUUCAUAUCGGCACAAAAUGCUGAAUACCAAAGAAAGUCUGGAUUUGUGGGAAAAAGGAUUUGUCGAGAAUACUCUCGAAUAUGGAGCUGAUAAACUGGGAAGUGAUGACAAUGAACUAUUUUCAAAUGUUUAUCACAAACUAGUCCAUUCCCCUGCUUUGGACACAAUUCUUCAAGUAGAACAUUCUUACGCUUUAGUUAUCGAUAAAAUAAUUAAAGAAAGGGACGAAGAAUUGGAUGCUCUAGCUCUCAAGCAAACUGAAGAAAUGUCAAAAGCUUUAGAAGGGUUAGGUUUAGGUUUGACAGAAUCGGAUAUAACAGCAAUAGCAAAAAGGCAACAGGAAGAACAUGGGCUAGAAAUCGCUAGGUGGCAAAGUAAGUUGGAUGCAGUCCGUGACAGUCAAAAAGCUGAAUAUAGAGAUUGGCUAAUGUCCCUCCUUGCUUCUAGCUGCGAUUCGUCUAUAUCAACGCCCCUCAAUUCGCCGAUCGGAGUUAAAGAAAUAAUAAGCGAAGGCUAUUUAAAUCAAGCCCCAACUUUACAAGAAAGUUUCACUAUACAUCUUGGCUCCCAAAUGAAACAAAUGUACAAUAUUAGAAUUCUGGCUGCUGAUGUGUUGGAUUUCUGUAAAUUACGGAUAAAUUCAUCAGGUGAAUUGGAGACACAACCUCAGAGACUGCCGACAGCGCUUGGAUUGUAUUCAAAUGAUUUAUACGGUUUAGUAAUCCUUUCUGAUAAUCAUUUGGGUGGUUUUUCUGGAAUUACAAAGGAUUUGGUGAAUGUCUGCGAAAUGUCUACAGAACUACACUUCCCAAAUAUAGAAAUUCAGCUCGAGAACAUUCGUGAAUCUGUGAAGACAGGUAUCGAGUGGCGUAAGCAUAAUGUUAAUUGUGAUAGCAACCUGCUCACCACCUCCGAGCAACAAUCGAGAAAAAGCGGGACGAAAUAUCUCCAGACGGGUGAUGUGUACAUAACCAAACAUUCAAAUCUGUCAGAUGUACAUGUUAUUUUCCACAUGGUUUUGGACGAUUCUACAAAAUCUGGCGAUAUUACCUCCCGUCAUCCCGGUAUACUUGGUCUGAGAAAUAUAAUGAAAUGUGCCUGUUCCAAUGACAUAUCAACCCUCACCAUCCCUGUUUUGCUGACUCAUGAAAUAUUCAAUGAAAUGACACUUGCUUGGUGUGUAAAACGAGCCGAGUUGGUGUAUAAAUGUGUUAAAGGUUUUAUGAUAGAAAUGGCCUCAUGGGGUGGAUCCGAAAUAAAAAAUCUACAGUUUCUUUUGCCAAAGGGGAUAAAUGAAGAAAUAUUCAGCUGUUUGGCUGGGCUGCUCCCGAGUAUAUUUCGAGUGUCCAACCCUCUCAUACUCAAAGCCAGUUCGUCGACUCGAACUCCAAGUAUUACAUCUUUCGAGAAGAAUUCAUGUUUGUAACAAAAAAUAAUUUAUUAUAAAAAAUUCACAUUUUAAAACUUAAUUUAUUAUGUAAUGUUUAUAAAAUUGU